AUGAAACCAUCAAAGAAAUCAUAUAUUUUAAUGCUUUAUUUAAUUGGAAUGAUAUUUGAAGUUAAUGCAAUUAAUUAUUGCUCAAACCACACAUUUCCAACAUCACUUGGUACAAAUUUCAUGCAAUUCACUAAGGAAACUGUUACCAAAGAGUAUGCCGUUGAUGGUCAGUUCAAAGCAUUGCAUUGUUGUGCGAAAGGAUAUCGGAGCAUUGAAUGGUUGAAGGAUGGAAAACGAUAUCCAUGGUCAUCUGAAGAUACAUCGUCCUUAAUUCUGUAUCCACAAGAGUCAAAUCAAACAAUUUAUGCAAGACGAGCAUCAAAUGUCGACGAAGGUCAAUAUACUUGUGUUCUUCGUAAUGACACCUACAAGUUGGAACAUAAUAUUCAGUUGAGAAUACUCGAAUCUUCACCAGACGUUCCACUCGCAACUUUUACACCCCAAAAUCAAUUUGCUGACAUCGGAGGAUCCGCUCGAUUCUUCUGUGAAGCUUUCGUAGGAAAAAAAGAUUUGCCAGACAUCUCCAUCAGUAUUAAAUGGUAUCACAUGUCGGAUGGAAAUCAAGAUGAUGUGAUUAAUGAUAAUCAACAAGAGGUCGUGAAACGCGAAGAAGAAGAAAUUAUUGGAUCAUAUUUAACGAUUUCUGAGGUCACUUCAAGUCACUUUGGACGAUAUUUGUGUCGUGUUGAAAUGGGAAAUUCACAAACUCACCAUCUUGAAUUGUCAGCGGAACUCAUAAAUGCACUUCCGAUGGAAGAUUAUGCGACGGAUAUUUUUAGGAAUCCAUACUUCCUUGCAACAUUUACAGCUGUCUUGACAUUCGUUUUAUUUUUUCUUGUCUUUUAUUCACGUUUCAAAGCCAUCGGCCCAAGAAAACUUGACAGUUUUGAGAUGUGAUGUAAAGGUCAUGUGGAAGUCCCUCACUUAACAAAAAGGAAAAUGAUUUCACAUGGUGAUACAAACAUCAUGAUUACUGUUACGUAAACGUAUUGAUGAGUAGAAUUUUCUGAAAUUAGAUUGAUUUAUGUAAUAAAAAAAUAUAUAACUUUGUGUUGGCUGUGAUAAAAAAUAAGAAAGAA